AGCCUCGGAUAACGUCACUAUAACUGAGCAAGCUAACAUCGCCAACUGGAAGAAGAUUAUGUGAUUAUUUUAUUUCCUGAAUUUAAAAAAAGAAAUCAGCAUUCCAAAUGCUAACAGAUAAACAUUUGCUUUAGUUAAAGCUGACGUUAUCCUUGAUUGCUUUCGUGUGUGUACUUCACGCCAUUUCUUAGUCACAAUGUUUAACCCAGCGGACGCUUGGUGGACGUCGUGGCCUGUUCUUUACGGUUGGAGGCCUCCUGAAGACUUUCACCGUCAAACUGUUUCUCACGCAUCAUCGCAGGACUUCUCAGGCACGUUUCUAUCUGAGGUGCCCGCUCACAGGUCUUCAUAUAGUACUAGUUACUCUGCGGACGUGUCGAUGUCAAGUGGUUUUCACAAUCCGGCAAUUAAAAGACCCACUCCACGGGAGAGCAGGAGAUUCUUUCUGGACAGGUCUGUAUAUGAUUUGGUGGCUUCUUAUACGUACCUCACCUUAACUGACCGCAGGCUGCUGGGCUGGUAUCUGUGUUUGUCACCGGAGGACAGGAAGCUCAUACAGGAUGAAGGAGGCCUUUUUCAGUACCUAGAAAGACAUCCUGCCUUAGAAAUAAACAGGCAUCAUCUUUAUGUGAAGUAUAGCACCGGUGCCACCCAGCCUGCCACGACAGCUGACCAGCAAGCAUCUGUAACUGCAGGAGCAGAGACGGACAUAUGUGAAACACCCAAUAUUCAUCUGGACUUGGAUAUACUCCCUAGUAGUGAGAGGGAGAAGGUAACUUUGGUUGGCUGUAACAGCAACAUGAACAGGCAACAAGAAGAGCUGUGUGGGCAGGAGGCACACGUGCCUGAUGGCUUCCAUACAGGCUCCAGUAGCCCCGGCACACAAGAAACAAAUCAUCUGAAGGCAUGCUACAGACCUGGACUGCCACUGUCCCAGCUGAAUGAACAAAGACAUUCAGGGCAGACGGGAAGCAGUGCAGCUGUGUGUGAGGAUCCAGCAGGCCUGGCGAGCUUCUCUCUGGACAUGGAGCUGGAGCAAUGUAGACAGAGGGGAAAGCUUAAGCCCAGAAGCCAGAUUUCAGUGCCACAAGGCCAAAGUGCAGACUUCAGCCCAUCACAGUCUGAUUGGUCUAUGGCUACCAGAGAGUCGCCCUCAGAGUGCAACAGCAUUGACAGUAAUCAGAUGGUUGGCCCAGCAUACAAUGACAGAAGUAUUGUCCAGGCAGUGGAGCUAGCACUGGUCCAAGCUGAGGAAAAUGCCACAAAGCAUGUGUGUCAGGAUAAGGAUGUGCAUGGUACCAAAUACACUGCAGAUGAUGGCACCCUCUUAAGCUUUGAAAAUGAGAGUGACACCUUCCAUAGCCUGAUGGAGGACGAUAAGAGCAUCCUCAUCUAUCUGGCCAGGAACACUCUGCAAGCACAACACAGCAGAGCUCAGUCCUGUCCGGUCACCACUAAUAGUGGUGACACACUGGCAGCCGGCACUGAGGAGUCCUAUCAGUCUGCCACCAAGGUGAAGACUGCAGAGAAGCACACCUCCCCUUUGCCCUGCGUCUCCACCUGUGAUGCGAUGAUCGGCACUGAGCUGGUGCUGUGCCCGUCAGUGUUCACCCAAACUGAGGACCUGGAAACAGCUGAUAAACACAUCAACACUGAAGUACAUAUGGCAGAUCUGGAUUAUAUCGCCAAGGAAUUAAGCAAACUGAAAAAAGCGCAAGAAGUCAAAGAGCGAAAAGAGAAAACAAAAAGUGUUGGCUGUAAGUUGAGAGGAGAGUGUGAGUGUAUGGAGCGUGUUAAGCAAGCAGAGCUAGCCCUCCUGGCCCUGCAGUAUAGCGUAUGUAAACAGCACUGCUGGAGACUCUACUACACCUGUGCUGAGGGAAACCAGCUCACCUCAGUGGGAAAAGACCCUCCUCCAAACAUUAUAAGUGUUCUCCAAAAACUGGAGCUGGAAUAUAAUGAGAUGAAGAGUAAGAUCCAGGCAGGAGUUCCCCUGCAGCAACUAAAGCCGUUGUCUGUUGACUCUGGGGAGAUCGUCACUGGAGGAAAUUACAUCCCUGCACAGAUAAUUUGUGAAGUGUUGGGAGAAGUCUCAUCUAGGAGCUCCCAGGAACCACAGAAGCUGAAUACACCAGGUGGAGAUGGUGGUGGUGGAUGUCCAGAUAAUCAGAGCAGAGAGGUCCUCCAGGUUGGUCAGGAAGAGGAAAAAGGGGUCACAAAGGAAAUUGGCAGUUCAAGGAAAGCUGCCACCCUUUUCCCUCAAGAUGGAGCAUCUGCGCGCCAAGAGGUCAAAACAGGGGAGAAAUGGUACGACGCUGAGGAGGACCUGGAGAUCCCAGGAGAUGCAGUAGCUGCUGCAGUUACACAGGACUCCACACUGGUGACAGUAGAUACUGUUUAUGAAUCAGCCAGCGAGGAGGUUGAGAGCUCAGUGCUGUGUGUUUCCAACCUGCCCAUCAAUGUCACAGAGAGCGCAGUGAUGCUGCUGUUUGAGAAAUACCUUCCCUCUGCAGUCAGCAUCUCUGUUUUACAGGAUUUGAGAUUUGCCGUAGUUAUGCUGAGUGGCCCCCAGUCUGCCGAUGCCGCAGUGAGAGAGCUGAAUGGCUGCCGAAUGCAAGGUUGCACUUUACGUUUGGAGCACAUCAGUGGAACCGGGAGCAGCAGCCAGGCCUCGGCCCGUAAACCCGACUCCUCGCAGGACGCUGCCAAACCACAAACCUCCAAGAUGGACUGAGGCAGCACUGAGAGCCAUGUGAGGAGACAAGCCCUCCAUCUUACAUUAGGCGUCUUAAAACGAUCUAAGUGUGCAUUUAGGAAAUUCAUCAGCAGUUUUCACUACAGAUGGUACUGAUAGAAAAAUAACAUUGAGGAAAAAACUGAAAUUCUUGGAAUAAAAUGUUUAAUUUGUUUUGAGUGUAAUCAUAUGCAGUGUGUUGCUCAGUUCUGUACAGCUGAUACUUCAGCCAUCUAUCAGGCCCAACAUCAGGAGCAGGCAGGUGGUGUGUGUCUCACCCACAGCAAAGGGAAGCUUUGUGCUAUGUGCUAUACUAUGGCACCAUGUGACGCAGCUCCACCCAGCGAUUGGGAGACAGAGGAUUGUGGAUGCUCUGAUGGCACUGAGGGUGAAGCACCAUGGCGUCCUCUGCCACCUGCCCCUCAGAGCCAUCUGGGAGAUGAUCUCUGACCUUCUGACCGGGCCUCAGACUGCUAAGCAUUUAUGAAGAAGCAGCCAUCAGCAGGUUCAGAUUUACUGUGUGACAGCCGCUCAAAGUUUUCAUUGCAACUUAUUGUUUUUCAAGAGUAGAGGAAGCAAUUAAUCAGAAAGCAGAUAGGCAGCCUGCUGUAGGAAUAGAAUUUAUGGAUCUUUAAGCGUUACUGUGAAAUGAGUUAUGUGCAGGUCAGUACUUCUGUUAUUUGGCAGUUACGUUAGUUUCAAAUGUUUUUGUUAAAGAACUUGAAGGUUGCAUAUAGUUACAUAUGCAGAGG